AUGUCUGGCGGACCGAUGCGCAUCACAGACGAUGAGCUCGCUCGCGAGGUUGAAGCGCUCAAAUCACAUCGCAGGCUCUCGGUCAAUCGACCCGUUCUUGAUCCUGACCUUCCCGAUCUCGCAGCCGCUUAUGGUGGAGGACAGGAGCUACUCUCAGUGCCGUCGCCUGAGCGUGAGAGGCGCGGCUACAGCCUGGUAGACGAUGGCGCUGUAUUGAUACGCAGCCCUUCUUCCUCUUCGUCAACCUCAUCCCUUUCUCCCGCCAAGAGCUCCUCCAAUGAACGUGCGCGCUUCACCGCCAGGCGCAGAGGUCAAGGCUCCGAUCAGUCGUCUGGUUCCGAACCCCUUGCCGUUUCACCAACAUGCCUUUCACCUGGCGCUUUAUCCUCCACUGGUGACGCCUUUGACGGAAGGAGCCUUGCAACGUCACCGACCAGCAUCACUCCUACCAGCCCUCAAUCGCCAAAGGAUCCCAGCCAUCUCUUUUGGGUCCCUGCAUCGGUGCAUCCAGAGAUCUCGCCGUCAGACUUUCGCAACUUUAUCAAGGAGCAUGCCGCUCGCGCUGUCUCGCAGCACCAAGGUCUAGAUGAUCCAGCGGUUCAUGAAGACUCCCUGUCGUCUCUGACCGUCAGCGACUCUCCCAUCGCACAACGCCUCAACUCGGUCCGUCGUCAGCAGCAGCAAGACCGACAGCAUCCUUCGCAAGACGCGCGAGGCGCACUCAUCGGUCGCUCCACCUCGAUUUCGCGACGCGCAAGUACGCUCCGACGCCAGUAUCGUCCAGAGCACGACAACGACGACACAGAUGAAGACAAAGCUCCGCGCCAGCUCGAGCGCAAUCGCAGUGGCCUGAGUCGCGGCACGUACGGUCUCGCGAUACCCAAUCUCACCAUUGAUGAUUUGCAAAAGCUCGAAGAGGCUGCUGAACAGGCCAGUCAGAACCAGGAUCCCGCCAUGCUCCGCAGUGUCCUCCGCCGUACUCUCAGUCUCAACACCACUCCCGACUUGGACACAAUCGAUGCCAUGCCAGCCCAGCCGAUCCAAGAUCCGGAUGCACCUAUCAUUGUGCCCAAACCGGGUCAAAUAUUGCGACGGGCCGCAAGGACAAAAAUGCGCAAGGCCUCCGGCGACUCAGGCCGUGGCAGCUUGGCGUCAAGGCGGCGUGCUCCUCGCAACUCCACAGAUGCAGACACCUCUGCUCCCUCUGAAGGCAGUCGCACGUGGGAGUUACAGAAGCAGAGCAGUACCGAGGAGAUGGAGAGGCGGCAUAGCGGCCAGUCUGAGUUCUCCUCUGGUGCCGACGAUGAUUCGUCGGCAGGCGAUAGCUCGUCGCGUCCGGUCUCGACCGAGGCGACCGAUUCGAUCGUGGAUGCUUAUUCACGCGAUUCGUAUCAGUCUGACGUCUCCCAAAGGACCAGCUUCACCUCUGUUGUCGAUAGUACAGGCUCGGACGCGAGUCCCACGAGUGGCUUUGCUAGGCGUGCCGACCUCGAACGCCCACAUUCGCCACCUCACACGCCUACACAGGAAUCCGUCACAACCUUGGGCCCAGCACAGCCUGGUCCGCCGAUACCGCAGCAAGAGGCGUUGCGCAUCUCGGACCCGCCUGAGACCUCCCGGCCUGAUCAGAUCAAGCCCAUCCCAGUCUCGCAUCGUCCGCCGAUGCCGUCGUUCGAAAAGACGCUGCCUCAACAGUACCAGCAAAAGCAGGCUCCCCGGCCCACCAGUUCCAGUACGAAUUCGGAUGUGCAACGCCGUGAUGUGCAGCCUAUUUUGCCCUCAAAGCCUCAGAUCGCGCCGAUCGUGACCAAUCAGCAGCAGCAAAUCUCGCAUCGACAGUCGCAGCCGAUGCCACCACAAACAUCCUCGCAACCCCUGGUCUCGACCACCAUCAAGCAGAAGGAAAAGGAGCGCAAAGGUGCAUUCGGUCUCUCGUGGUUUGGACUGGGCAAGGACGAUGAGGAUGAUCGAGCCAAGCUGGAGAAGGAGUCGCAAAAGAAACGAGAGAAGCACGAGAAGCGUGAACGCAAAGAGCGCGAGAAGGAGGAAAAGGAAAAGGAAGAGAGCAGCUCGUCGAGCUUUCUCGGUGCGCUCUUUGGCAAGAAGAAAGGCAGCGACGAACCGUCUCAACAUACCGGGUCUCGUCCUCUUAAUGGUCAACUCACCGCCGGGAGUUUAUUGGAGCGGAGCGAGAUGGGAGCCUACGGCAAGGGCAACUACUUUUACUCGCGCUAUCCUAUCCACAUUGAGCGUGCUGUCUACCGCCUCAGCCAUAUCAAGCUGGCAAAUCCGCGUCGUCCACUGUAUGAGCAGGUGCUCAUCUCAAACCUCAUGUUUUGGUAUCUGAGUAUUAUCAAUCGGUCCACUCAGGGUCCAUACGGAGUUCAGCAGCAAGGGCAGGCGCAGCAGAGCAACGGCAACGGCAACACUGGGUCGCAACCAUUAGAGCAAAACGGCCACAACGCUCAAGGAUUAUCAGGAGCGGAUUCGAACGGAUUCGGAGCCGGAGCUGCAUCGUCCUCGCAUGUCGACACUGCCAGCGCCUACGAUGGGAUCGAUACAUCGUCCAGUCCGGAAUCGGAGGAUUCAUCGAGUGCAGAGCAGUGGGCUGGGGCUCAAGCAGGAGGUGGAAACGGUGCUGCGCUCAAGCAAAAGCGCAAUGGGCUGGUGAAGCCGAACCGUGCACCAGCUGGUGCUCACCGUGGUCGCACUGCGGAAACUCCUAUGAAGCAGCCCGGAUACGGUAUGCAGCAUCGACAGAUUGACGACGAUCUCAAGACAAUGGGAUCGUACUCUGGCCAAUCUGGAGGCUCGACAGGUUUUGUCGUGGGACAGGUGGUAGACGUCAAGGCGCUUCAAGCCAACACACCUUACCAGCUGGUGCCCGACCCACGAUCGGGCGAUGCCACUAACCAUCACGAGCAGGCAAAGUCGGCGACGACUGAUUAUUUCGGUCUGGGCAACCAAUUUGAGACUUCGGAGCCCCUAUGGCCCAGCAGUCAAGAUAAGGACGCAGAGCUGAACCGAUCGACGCAGCUGCAUGCGGGUGGAUCCGGCAGAGGUGGCUCCGAUGGAUCUCAGCCGAGCGCCGAUGAAUACCGAAGAAGCUCGGGCCACUCUGCUGAGCAGCAGAAGUCCAGCUCGAGUGCCAGUCGACCGUAUCGAUCGGAAGCCGAAAAGGAACGUGCGUGGCUUGGAAUGCGUAACACUUCUGGACGCGCUUCGCCCACUCACGGGUACGGAUCCAUUUCGCAUUCGCAGCAGCAGCAGCUACUACAAAGCUCGCCCGAUGGCGCAGAUGGGCAGGAGACGUACCGGCGCUCGGAGCGCGUGGCUGCCGAGAGUCAUCCACAAGGUCGUAGUAUGUCGGUGGGCGGGAUUGGAGCCAUGAACCGCACGGGCGAUUGGGGGAAUAGCGGCAGUAGCAACCCUUAUCGUUCCGCUGAUCGAUCACGCAAAACGUCGAUGGAUCACUUGAGUUCCUCUGCCUCGAGUCAGGGUGUAGUGUCAUCGAGUUCCACUAGCUCCACUUCGUCUUUUGGUACCAUAGACGAAAGCGGAGGCAAAGCGUACGGCGGUAUUCCAGCCUCGUCCAGUGCGUCGGCGUUGGAGUAUGGCAGUAGCAGCGGUCUAAGGGACCAUGACCCGAGACCGUACAGCACUGGCAUUCACGGAUCGCAGAUCAGUCUGCCCAUGGCGCCUGGCUCAAGCGCUAUGCUGGACGCUGCUCGAACGAGUCAAUCGCGUCGGAGGUGA